AUGCAAACCUCAAGCAAGAACCAAUGGAGCAGUUCCAGCUCCGAGUCUGAGUUUUCCAGCAUUUCCUCUCCAGAGACAACUUCACCGGAUCAGAGCUAUUCACCAUCUCAUCAACCCAAACCUCCGUGCUAUAAAUCAGUCAAAUCUUCAAAUAUCAUGAAGAAAAAGCGGAGAUUGAGGCUGAAGAACCCGAGCGAGCAGCGACAGAACGCUAGUGAGAAGGAGAAGCUGAGGAUGAGGGAUCUGACCAAAGCUCUUCAUCAUCUCAGGAGCUUCUUACCUGCUUCAGUAGCUCCGGUAGGACAAACCCUGACCAAAAUUGAGACUCUGAGGCUCACAAUACGAUACAUCUCCUUUUUGUCUUCUCAGCUGGGGCUCAGUGAAGAAGAGCUGAGCUACAGGAGACAGGAAAAUUCAAGUGGAUGCUCUUUGUCGAGUUUUGAGUGUUCGUCUGUGGGUGGGGGUUUUGUUGGGACUGAGCAGGUUUACACACGCUGUGAUGGACAGUACGAGGACUUCUCUGGUUAUGGAGGACAGUACAGGGAGCAAUAUGGAGGCUUUACACAGCAGCAUUCAAUGGAGCAAAACGGCUUGGUCAAUAUUGACGGCUUCAUCCAGAGUCAACAGUGCGGGCAGAUGACACAGACACCGUACCAGGUUUAUGGAAGAAACUUUGGCUAUCAUCUCGUUCCCCAGGCUUACUGGAGCUGA